AUGUUUUUGUUCACAAAGACAGCCGCUCAGCCAUCGGUGGCAGGAUCUUCCGCCGCGAUUGAUGCUUUACACGACUUCAAGACCAUUCAAUACGCAUCUAGUAUGAUUUAUCAUUCAAAUUUCCUGCCAGCUUUUGUUGGCUUGCGGAAAUACUUUACAGUUGCUUUGGUUACCUUAUAUGCGUGGGACUUCGGUGCCAAAGCUUUUGUUCCUUUUUACAUAAUUGCUUGGCUUGCUGGAGAAAACAAAUUUGUCGUUAUUCCCGUCACUACCUUGUUCAUCGUAUCCAGCGGAAUGUACAUGGGAGGUGAUAUAGCACAACUUUUCAUAGGCCAAGUUCUUGAACCAGAAUACGGCCUGUGCCAAAUAAAAGAAAUAACGACUCUCUCGUUCCUUUCUUGUGUACCAAUUAUGACUACGGACCUUGUUUUGGUGAUAAUUAUCGGAUGGAAGACCAUUAAAUACCAUUUGGAGAUCAUGGACUCCAGUUGGAGCGGCGCGAGUUUGCUGAAGACCCUCGCAAGAGGAGCCUUUCUCUUUUACUUGGGAACUUUCAUGACAACGCUAUUGGCGUUAUUCUUGUUCUUCACCCACCCGGGGAUUGUUGGAAUUGCUGGUGGUAGUCUUUUUACCCUCGUUCCCAUGGCCGUCAACCAUCUCGUUCUCGGGUUGCGCGAAACAGUGAUGGAUCAAGCAUAUGGUGAUCCAGCCUUGGUCGCCACCGUGUCUAUGCAAUUUGGUGUCUAA